AGAAGAAACUGGGCUCAACCACAGCUAGCUAGCUACUCAACUCGCAUUGAUUCUUUGAAGUCCACAGCAAAGAGCAAGUUGUAAUGUCGGAUAAGAAACAAACCGUCGAUUUGGGGUUGCUGGAGGAAGACGAUGAAUUUGAGGAAUUUCCAGCCGAAGACUGGACAGGUCUGGACGAAGAUGAGGAUGCUCAUGUGUGGGAAGAUAACUGGGACGAUGACAACGUAGAAGAUGACUUUUCCAACCAACUGAGAGCUGAACUUGAAAAGCACGGAUACAAGAUGGAGACUUCAUAGACUUUCAUCUGAAGGUUUUCACACAUUUGUACAAUGUUCGUACAAUAUGUCAAUUUACAAAUGUGGUUUAUCUUAUUUCUUAUGUAAGAAGUCUGGAAUCCUGAUGUUUGUUAGAACAGUGUGAGAAAUGGAAUGGAAGUAUUGUCUUUUUUUUUUUUUUUACCUUGUUCUCUCAUCCAACAGAUUGAAUGUUAAUAGUUGUUGUAUUAAAACACUUCUUUACUUUUC